UACAAAACACUACUGGGUCUAAUAGCGGAAAAUUGCAAAUCAGAUGAGAUUUCGUAUAGCGAUAGCAAGAUCGAUCGAUCCUGGAGUUAUUCGCAGAUGAGCCGUAUAUAUUCUCCACGGGUCUCCUCCCACCGUCAACUACCUCGCCUUGCUUGCUCCCCCUUCCUCGGCCGUAAUUCGUAAUCGCGUGUUCAGCAUCGCUCGCUGGUGCUGUAUACAUCUGAUGCUAGAAGUUAGUGAGCUUGCGCCACACGCUAGCGCCGUACAUUAGCAGUGCUUUCUCAGUCCUCCAAGUCUCAAAUGAUACCUCCAGGCCUUUUCAAUUCUUGAUUCUCUCUCUCUCUCUCUCUCUCUCUCUCUCUCUCUCUCUCUCCUUCUCUUUCUUCCGCUUCUAUCUCUCCUUCCCCUUUUCCGCCUGUUUUAAUUUCCCUUAUCUCUCUUUUUCCUCCACACUUUUUUUUGUAUAUUUGUUUCGUAUCUUUCUUUAUUUUUUUCUGUGAUUACGUUACGGUAUUUCGAAACAAUUAGUGAAGCUUCUCGACGAACAGCGUAUUCUCCGAUCGUUCCAAGAGGAGGAAGGAGAAAGAAAGAUGAAGAGAGCUUUUCGAGCGAGAUUUAUCGUUAUCACUCUAUGCAGCAUCCUUCUGUUUUUCUGCUACAGCGGUGUUGAUGCUAUACAAUGUUAUCAGUGCAACAGUCGCAAUAAUAGCCAAUGCGCCGACCUUAUUCCUCCAGACACCAUGAAGAUGGAUUGUUCGGAUCUCAGGGACGGCGCGAAAUAUACAAUGUGCCGCAAAAUUACACAAGUCAUCGAGUUUAGCGUCAACGGCCUACCACCUAAUACACGAGUUAUUCGUGGAUGCGGAUGGGACGAAACAAAUUAUAAGGGCAAGUGUUAUCAACGAAGUGGUUUUGGCGGUAGACAAGAAGUUUGCUCCUGUUUAAACGAUUACUGUAAUGCGGCAAUGCCUGGACCCGGAAUUUUGCCCCCUCAAGGCCUCAUUCUGUCAUGCGCUUUAAUCAGUAUGCUGCUAGCGUUUUCACGGAAUUAAAAAUUAAUCGUUAUUAAAAGAUAUCAAAAUUCUCCCCCGUAGAGUUUAUAUUUAAGAUCAUGAUGAGCGGAAGCUGAUAAUUAGGGAAUAGUAGAAAGAUUUAACAUAUCAAACGUGCUUUUGCUGACACGAAUUCAUCCGAACAGCAAAUAGUUAUUGAAAAUAACGCAUAUAUCAAAGAUAAAUAAAAGAUUAGGAAAAAAAUUUUACACCAUAUAAAUGACAGAAUAUAUACAUCGCGAAGAAUUUUUCAUUUAUCGAGAAGAGAUAAAAAAACCUUCAGAGUUUAUAUACAUAUAUAAAACAAAGUAUUUUUCGCGAGUUGUUCAUGUAGUUUUAGCAAAUUACAUUACGUCUAACUAUUAAUGUACUGAAAAUAAAUUAUGUACAUCGAUA